AUGGAGGAAGACACCGAGUACAAGAAGCUACCGAUCGACGAGCGGUGCGUUCACAAGUUGUGGAAGGCGCGCGUCGAUGGGUACGAGGAAGCGGCCAAGGUGUUUCGCACGAUCGACGAUGAGAAAUCACCCGAAUGGAACAAGUAUCUCGGGUUGAUAAAAAAGUUUGUCACCGACAGCAAUGCGGUGGCCCAGGAGAAGGGCCUCGAGACGGCGCUCGUGUUUGUCGAGAACAGCGGCAAUGCGGGCAAAACGGUGGGCGAAGUGAUGAGCGGCAUCGUGGGCAAGUGUAUCGGUGCACCGAAGACAAAAACGAAGGAACUGGCGGUGCAGAUCACGCUGAUGUACAUCGAAAUCGAGCGCCAGGAUGUGGUGCUUGAGGAGCUGCUGAAAGGAACGGAACAGAAGAAUCCGAAAAUUGUCGCUGCAUGCGUUGCCGCGGUAACGCUUGCGUUGCGCGAGUUCGGUAGCAAGGUGUUGAACAUUAAAAUGAUCGUGAAGCGCCUUCCGGCGAUCUUGACCGAUCGCGAUAAGAGCGUGCGUGACGAGUCGAAAACACUGACCGUGGAGAUCUAUCGGUGGAUCGGGGCCGCUUUCAAAUCACAGAUUGCUUCGUUGCCGCCCGUUCUUCUGGCCGAAUUGGAAGCGGAAUUUGAGAAGCUUGGCAACGAGAAGGCCAGUCCGGUGCGGUACCUGCGCUCGCAGCAGGAAAAACAGCUCCAGAUUGCGGCGGCGGCGGCCGUCGAGGGUGUCGAAGGUGAAGACGAGGACGACGGUGGUGCUGGAGGUGGCGAAGCCGGGGAAGAGAUCGAUCCGCUCGAUCUGAUCGAUCCGGUUGACAUCCUGUCGAAGUUGCCGAAGGAUUUCUACGAAAAGCUGGAAGCGAAAAAGUGGCAAGAGCGUAAGGAAUCGCUCGAGGCACUCGAAACGCUGCUACAGAACCCGAAACUGCAGCCCGGCGAAUAUGGAGACGUAGUGCGAGCGCUGAAGAAGGUUAUCACAAAAGACACGAACGUGGUCCUGGUGGCGCUCGGCGGCAAGUGUUUGGCAAUGCUAGCCAAGGGCCUCGGGAAAAAGUUCAACACUUACGCAGGGGCAUGCAUUCCGGCAAUUUUGGAAAAAUUCAAAGAAAAGAAGUCAAACGUUGUGACUGCACUGCGGGACGCCAUCGAUGUCAUCUAUCCCUCAACAACGCUCGAAUCGAUCCUGGAGGACGUCCUGGAGGCACUCGGGAACAAAAAUCCGAACGUGAAAAUGGAAACGGCAUCCUUCGUCGCGCGAUCGUUAACCAAAACUCUCCCGACGGCACUUUCGAAAAAGAUCAUCAAACCGCUGGUGGCUGCGUUGCUGAAAACGCUCAACGAGUCAGAUCCAUCCGUGCGGGACGCUUCGGCGGAUGCGAUCGGUACCGCGAUGAAGCUGGUCGGCGAGAAGAGCAUCGCUCCGUACCUGACCGAGGUGGACGCACUGAAGAUGGCCAAAAUUAAAGAGUCUUGCGACAGAGCUGUCAUAACGAUUAAAAUACCCGCCGCACGGAAGGAACGGCCAGCGACUGCCCCACCAAAGGCAACCUCGGUUAUGAGUGGCGGUGCUGUAAAGAAGGCCCCUUCGGAGACAAGAAUUGGGAGCGGCGGCGGCACAGCAAUGCCACGACCAUCCACGGCCACUGCCGGAACGGUGAAAAAGGUCGUGUCUGGUGGUGUGAAAAAGAGUCCCACCGGAAGCUCGUUGGGCCGAGGUAGCGGGUCCUCGAAGGGAGGUGGCGCACAAACGCAAACGCCAGCGAACACGGAAAGAGAUCUUUCACAGGAGGAGAUCGAUGAGCGGGCAGCAGAACUGCUUCCUGCCGAUGCCGUCGCAGGGCUGAUCGAUGCUAACUGGAAAACUCGUCUCGGUGCGGUCGAAUCGUUCGCCAUCGCCAUCCAGCAGCUCGAAGUAAAGCCAGUACAAAGUGGCCUUUCGCAGGUGCUGCUACGGUCGUUGGCCAAAAAGCCUGGCCUGAAGGACACCAACUUUCAGGUGCUGAAGAUCAAACUCGACACGGUGCGUGUGAUCGUCGAACGGUUCGGCAUCACGACGACCACCGCCGACUAUCUGCUGACGGAUGUGACGGAGAAGCUGGCCGAUGCAAAGAAUGGAGCCGCUGCCGUCGCUGCCCUUACCGCUAUAGCCGAAGGUGGUGCACGGCUUGAUUAUACGGUGCAACGGGUGAUGGAGUUUGCAUUCGAACAGCAAAAGUCACCGAAAGUGCAGCAAGAGGCGCUGGUCUGGGUGGCGACAGCGCUACGAGAGUUUGGGUUUCAGGUCGAACCAAAGGCGCUCCUGGAAAGUGCCCGGAAAGCUGUCCAAAGUAUUAACCCUGCGGUCCGCACGGCAGGCAUCGCGUUGCUCGGGACGCUCUAUCUGUACAUGGGACAACCGUUGACCAUGUUUUUCGACGGCGAAAAGCCUGCCCUCAAGCAACAGAUUAUGGCCGAGUUCGAACGAUGUGCCGGUCAGCGGCCACCUGCACCGACGCGAGGCGGCGGGAAGACUGCGAACGGUGGCUCGGCAGACGAUGAUGAGGAUGAGGGCGGCGGUGGGGAUGAUUCACCCCCUCCGAUGGUAAACGUGAACGAUCUGUUGCCACGGAUCGACAUAUCGGGCCAAAUGACGGAGGCCCUGCUGGCCGAGCUGUCGGAUAAGAACUGGAAAACACGCAACGAAGGACUCGUUCGGUUGCAAACGAUCAUUUCGGAGGCGAAACUGAUCAAACCCUCCCUGGGCGAUCUACCGCAAGUGCUGGCGGCCCGGCUGGUGGACAGCAAUGCGAAGAUCGCUCAAACGUCGGUUGAAAUCUGCCAACAGAUGGCCAUCGCGAUGGGUCCACCGUGCCGGCAGUACGUGCGCGCCUUCUUCCCCGGCUUCCUAAAAGGGCUGGGCGACAGCAAGAGCUUCAUUCGGAGCGCUUGCCUCGCUUGCAUCAACACGUGGGGCGAGCAGGCGGGUUAUAAGGACUUUUUCGACGGCGAAAUGAUUGCCGACGCACUCAAGGCGGGCAGUCCGGCAUUGCGAACCGAACUGUACGGAUGGUUGGCGGAGCGGUUGCCACUGGCGGCACCGAAAAGUAUCUCGAAGGACGAACUGUUGGCGAUCUUGCCGCACCUGUACACACACAUUACCGAUCGGAGUGCGGACGUACGCAAGAACGCCAACGACACGGUGUUGGGCGUGAUGAUGCACCUCGGGUACGACGCGAUGGUGAAGGCACUGGACAAACAGAAACCCAUCUCGCGGAAGGACAUUCAGGCGGCUCUCGAUAAGGCACGGCCCAGUCUACCGGUGAAGGCGGUACCGGUGGUCAAGGCUGCACCGGCUGCAGUGGCUUCCGGUGGGGAGGAGGGACCUAAGGGACUGAAACUGAAGCCACCGAAAUCGGCUGGAGCAGCCGGUGGUGCGGCAGGCAGUGGCCGCGCCGGAGCUGCCGGAGGUGGUGGAUCGGCAGAUAAAGCCGGAACCGGUGGCAGCUCCGGUGGAUUGGGCAGCGGAGGAAGUUCAUCGCGAACAAAGAAGGACGAAGAUGCCGAUUCUGCGGCUCCGCUUCUGGCAAUGAAUGGUCUCAAGAAGCAGCGGUUUACCGACGAGCAGAAGCUGAAGGUUUUGAAGUGGUCCUUCACGACGCCGCGCGAGGAGUUCAACGAGCUGCUGCGCGAACAGAUGCAGGCGGCCAGCGUGAACAAGGGGCUGGUGGUGAACAUGUUUCACGACGACUUUCGCUACCACCUGAAGGUGAUCGAUGCCCUGAUGGAGGAUCUGUCGACGAACGAGGAGGCGCUCAUCUGCAAUCUGGACCUGGUGAUGAAGUGGCUAUCGUUGCGCUUCUACGACACCAACCCGUCGGUGUUGCUGAAGGGACUCGAGUAUCUGCACCAGGUUUUCCAGCGAUUGGUCGACCGACGGUACGUGCUGGCAGACAUUGAGGGUAGCUCGUUUGUGCCGCAUCUGCUGGUGAAGAUUGGCGACCCGAAGGAUGUUGUGCGAAACGGUGUGCGGACACUACUGCGACAGAUCUGCCAGCUCUACCCGUUCUCGAAGGUGUUCGUGUUCAUCAUGGAUGCGCUCAAGUCAAAGAAUGCCCGCCAGCGGGCCGAGUGCCUGGAUGAGCUGGGUUAUCUGAUUGAAACGUACGGCCUGACGGUUUGCCAACCGACGCAACCGGUCGCGUUGAAGGAGAUCGCACGCCACAUAUCCGACCGGGACAAUGCCGUUCGCAACGCGGCCCUCAACGCGGUCGUACAGGCGUACUUUUUGGCCGGCGAAAAGAUCUACAAACUAAUUGGGCAACUGUCGGAGAAGGAUCUGUCCAUGCUGGACGAACGUAUCAAGCGGUCGAAAAAGGCGUCGAUACUGCCGGCGGCGGGUGCAGCGGCAGCAAAGAAAGUGCCGACGGCCAUACCAGCCAGUGCCAUUGGUGGACUCGCUGAUGUAACGAUCGUCGGCAAGAUCGAUAUGGUACCCGCGGCGGAACAAGCGGCACAGUUGGGUGCCAUGGAUGGCGGCGGCGAUGAGGCGAUGGACGAGGAUGAAACGAUGGUUCCCGAACAAGCCGAUAUGGUCGCCGUGAAUAUGAAAGCCAAUGGUCCGGAAUCUUCGCAACCGCGGGUAAGUAAGGGUCCAUUCAAGUUGGACGAGAAUGUCAUAGCGGAGAUUGAGCGUAGCUGGGUUCGGGCGGACGAUCUUGGUAAGACCGUCGUCAACCCGAUGGACGAUUCGUUCAUUUACGAAGACCAGAAGUUGAUCGCCGUCAAUGGAGUAACGUAUCCACCGGAAAAGUUCCAGCAGCUGAUCACUGGCCACCAGCUGACGUCCGGCUUGGGUGGAACUGGUAGCUCUCCCGUCCAUCACACGAUCCCCACGAACAAUACGAUUCGCACGUCGCUGGAAGGUAGCGGAGUGAUGGCAAAGGCAAAGACUUCACCUCCCGCUGUGCCUAGCUUAACCGAUGCCCUGCCGAAGCUGGACCAGAAUCUGGUGUGUAUCAUCCGGGGCAUCGCCAACAGCGACAUGUAUGCGGCGCAUGCAGCCAUGAACGAACUGUCGGAUAUAAUGCAAUCGCAGGAAAAACAGGCAGUCCUGCGAGGCUACGAGGAGAUGUACAUACAGAGUGUGUUGCAGCAGUUCAAGAUCAUCCAGCAAAAGCCACUCGCGGAGUCGAUAACGAUCUAUCAGCCGCUGUUGCAUAGUAUUUUCCUAUUUUUCGCCUCGAAAUCGCUCGGCAAACACCUUUCGAUCGCUUCGAUCAAGAACAUCAUUUCCGUGCUGCUCGGCCUGAUGGCGGAUAACCGGCUGGCGACCCAGUUUCUGGAACUGGACGCCCAGUUCGUGAAGGUGGUCAACGGUAUCUGCCUGAAGAUCUUGGACCGUACCAACUUUACCUACAUGAACUGUGCGUUGAUACGGUUGCUGAAGGAAUCGUGCCAGACGAGCUGUCUCCCGAAGUUCACCGAUCUCCAGAUGAAGUGCAUCUGGCGCAACGUGAAAGUGAUACCGGAUCGGCUGGCUGAGCUUGACUACGAGGCCGUCCUGCUGGAGGUGCACGAGUUCAUGCUUACGUUACCGCCCGCCUGGUGGCAGACGCGCCCCUCGGACAUGCCGCUGCGCACGGUCAAAACGAUCAUUCACAACAUGACGAAAAUCAAAGGAAACGCGAUCCUACAGCACCUCAACACGAUCCCCACUCACUCCGAGCUGCACUCAUACGUGUUGCGUAUUCUGAAAAACUUCAACAAAGAAUCGGGCAAUGCGGGAACGGCCACCGGUGGGAGCACGGCAGCCGAACGAACGAGCACGGUGGGCGCCACCGUGCAAAGUACGCUAAUAACCAGUGAUAACAAUAAUCAUGGACCGCGCAGCAUGUUGAGCGGUGGCGGUGAUGGUGACCAGAAGUACAUCACGACCGGCGCGACAUCUGCGGAAGGUACCCAAAACAAACAGAACCCGGAUUUCUGGAUGGACCAUUUGAGUCACAUGCUGAAAAAAUCACCCGUUAGUCAACAGCAACGUGUUGGGAUGCUGGGUGCGACCGGCACUCAGCUGUCGCUCGAUGGCGCAAUGCUGACGGCAAGCGGUGUGCCUGGCGUAGGAGCGGGCGGAGUCUCGGAUUCGAAGCUGACGGACGAAAACCUGAAUCUCAAUCAGCUAGAUGAGAGCAACUUUACCGGCGCACCCAUCAGUGGCCCCCUGACGUCUCACCGCCGCGAGGUGUUGCAGCAAAAGUUGGAACAACUGAAGCAACACAAAUAGCUUAGGAAAGAAGAGGCGCGCGUCAUCAUCAUAAUUCCUCGUUGAAACCUAACAUUCAGCCAGCCAGCCAGCACGGUAGGAGUGCUGGGUUCGAAUGAAACCUACGUUACACCCACGGUAUUAGCGUUUUAGUCUCCUCAUCGGUGGUCGCUCUCUGACUAUGUCUCUUUAUCCCGUUUGCCGGCACACGGGAGGGACGAAAGAACACACUCUAAUACUCACUUAUAUUUCAUUCAUUCGAUAAAAUCAACCCGUGUACCAAAUCGCUUCUGUAAAUUGGCUGUUGCUAUAGCAACCCCAAGAGCUGGCAUGCUAGCGACACAUACACACAAACACGCUUUUAGUAGAGCCGGUAAGUGGACGUGCGCGCGCAAAAAAGCGCGAACUUGUUGUGAGUCCUCAGUUUUUACCUCUCCGUACGAUUAAACCGAUUGUUCAGUUUUUUACGUUUAUUUUUGCCUGUUAAAAUAUCCCGGUUUGUGUCCUGUGAUUCGCGCAGCGUUCAGAUAGUUGUUGUUUCAGCAGCGUUACUAGAUCAACAUCAUUUUCAUGCCGAGCGAGAUGCCGUCGAUUGUGUUAGAAAAGCCGUUGCCAGAGCGCGUAGUAGGCCGCCCAAGAGAAUUGCGUUUUAACUUAUUAUAGCUAUAUAGUUCCGUAAGUGUUUUUCCGGGGGAAGUUUAUCGAAUAUUAUAACGUGUACCAAAACAGCAGUAAUGUUUUUCCCUUAUUUCGUUUGGCUCUCUUUGCUUUUGUAACGUUUCAUGUGGAUAUUCAUCACACGUGUCAUUUUUUUUCUUUUCCUUCAAGCCCUGUCGUUUGUUGUUCUCAUUAAGGACGAUAGUUAAUGGAGUAGCUCUAAGUUAAAGUAGUACUAAACAGACACACAUACGAAAUGCAAAAGACUUACUAUGGAGUACGGAAAUUACUUAACCUCCCCACACAUCGCACACACGAUUGGCGAUUAUGUUGCUACAGGACUGACUUGAAUUGGAGGAAUUCGCUGCGAAAAAUGGAACCAUGCCUCCACGUUGGUAUCUGAUUAGUAGGGAGUGCUCUAAAGCUCCGCUUAACCAUUUAGGAGCCACACUUUAUUAAGUUUCUUUUUCUCGUUUUCUAAUCGGUUGACUUAUUAGCACCACCAUCCUCCACGCUUAUUAGCACCCUCCGAUGGAGUGAUGGACAGGGAGCGGAAUGUAAUUCUCUCGCGUUCUCGAAAUGUGUCCUUGCGGUUUCGUUUACCUUUCCGCCACGUGGGCCACUCCAUCAGGUGCACUGUUGUUGAUAACCGUAACGCCCCUACAGAUCCCGACUUCGUUCCUGUGUUGUGAUUAAAUCGAAUUCUUAUAAUAAAACGAGAAAAUGUCAGUAUAUCUUUCCCUUGGUCGGUGACGAUGAAAAACGACGGGGACAGGCGAAGAACUACCUAUACAGGAGAAAAUGUUGAACAAAAGCAAAAAAAAACACUAAAACAAAUCUCACACAGAAAUUGCUUAACCUGGUGGAAAUAAAAACAACAAUUAUAUUUAAAUAAAUAGUAACUCAUU